AUGGCUCCUAAAAGGCUUCUGAUCUUUUGCGAUGGUACUGGCAUGGAUGGCAAUCUUAGUGAAUCCAAAUCCAUGGCGCAAGCCAAAGCCGAUGAUGCAAACACCUUACUUGAUGAAAAAGAACCUGGCGCUCCAAGAGGUGGUAGCUCUGAUCCUCAAAAUGCUUCAAAUGUGUUGCGCCUUUCGCGGGCUGUCAAGCUGUAUUCUUCCGAACACAAACAACAAAUUGUGUUCUAUCAAAGCGGUGUUGGCUCUGAGGCAGGUUUUGAUGGAGACCCCGUAAUUGAAUCCAAGAUCACUCAGGCUACCGGCAUAGCAGUCGCAAGUAAGAUCCGUGAUGCAUAUGCAUUUAUCGCACAAAAUUUUGAAGUCGAAGACGAGAUAUAUAUUUUUGGAUUUUCAAGGGGUGCUUACGCAGCACGAAAGCUUGCUGGUUUAAUUGACCGUAUUGGCCUUCUGGAAACAAAGCAGCUUGGUCAUUUCUUUACAAUCUGGCGCCAGCUUGUCGAUCACAAAGAUCCUAUUAUCCCCCCUGGCACAAGAACCACUAGGAUCAGGUGUGUUGGCGUAUGGGACACCGUCGGCUCUGUCCUAAACGAGAUAAACGCUCUCAACAUUGAGGACGGUAGCCUCCCAGCGUCAAUCGAUGUCGCAUUGCAUGCUGUCUCCAUGCAAGAGAACCGACAAAAGUUCUUACCUACGUUAUGGAAAGUUCCUAAAGCUGGACUGCGUCCUGGCCAGAUCUUGAAAGAGGUGUGGUUCCCAGGUGCCCAUUCCGAUGUUGGCGGAGGGUAUAAGCCACAUGAGCUCGCUGACAUAGCUGUUUUCUGGAUGGCGGGAGAAAUCCAGUCUUUCGUAGACCUUGAUCUUCCUUUCCUGCAGUCAAGCAAGCAACAAGAUCCAGAACCAUGGGGAAAAUCGCAGCCUCAUAACGCGUACGAAGAGACUCCUUGGGGUGAACAGUUUGUUAUUGGACACGAGACUCGCCUUGAAAGUCAACAACUCGCAAAAGACUCGAAAUACCAUCAGAGCAUUCAAUAUGGACCAAACAACCUUGUCAAACCGAAAUAUAUGGUCACAUUGGAUGAACUUAAGAAGGCAUUUGGACCCGAUUUUCAACCAGAUUAUCCAGCUUUGAAUGACUUCGAGCAAAAGGCCAAAAAUGAAUGGAGCAGGAAGGCUCGGAUGCCUGAUGGUAGCCCCCCAAACGAUCAACAGCCAGUCUUUGAAAACCCUGGAGAUUUGUUUGGAUGA